GGCCUUUUUGGAAAAUCCACACAAUCAAAACUGAAAAUGAAAAGUAAAUUUGGUUGCAUUUUUGUACAGUGAAUGUGGCGUCAAGGUCAAAAUUUGCUGCGGCGGGCUUCAAGCCGCCGGCAGCAGCUGCAACACCGCCCCCAAAUUACCGACGUUCGACAAUUAAUCACGGGAGCGGCUUCUAGCCCUAGCUUGUCGAUAUGGCGGCGGAAGAAGGAGAUGGGAAAAGAGGGGUUAAUGGUGGCGAAGGAGCUCAAACGCCUGCAGUGCCAUCCGGUGCGGUUCGAGCGGUUCAUGAAGACGAACGUUUCCCGCCUCCUCAAGUCCGACCUCGUCGCCGUGCUCGUCGAGUUUCAGCGCCAAAACCUCGUCUCUCUAUCCAUGAAGCUGUACGAGGUGGUGCGGAAAGAAACAUGGUACCGGCCGGACAUGUUUUUCUACCGGGACAUGCUAAUGAUGCUCGCAAGAAACAAAAGUGUGGACGAAGCAAGAACAGUGUGGGAUGAUUUAAAGAAAGAGGGAGUUCUUUUCGAUCAACACACAUUUGGGGACCUAAUGAGGGCAUUUCUUGACAGUGGAUUGCCAGACGAAGCAAUGCGAAUAUACGAUGAGAUGAGAUCUUCUCCUGACCGCCCACUGUCUCUACCUUUUCGCGUCAUGUUAAAAGGGCUGAUACCCUAUCCUGAAUUUAGGGAAAAAGUGAAGGAUGAUUUCUUGGAACUUUUUCCCGACAUGUUUGUUUAUGAUCCACCGGAAGAUGAAGAUGGUGAUGAACAAUGGAGACUGGAGAGCGAAGAAGAGUAGCAGCUAUAGAUAAUCUCCAACGUAGAUGAUCGAGAACUUGUUGAAGAUUGACUGAAUUGAUCAUGGCAGAGUUGCUAAUAUAGAAGGUGGGAUCUUGACAGUAUGUGAGGUAUCGUGUUUGCUUAUUACAGCUUGUAUUUAGGAUGACAGCAAGAUCCUUAAAGGCAACAUUCUGGAGCUGAGGUAUGUUUUGAUCAUGCAUUAGAGUAUUUGUUGUUUUAAGUGGUAAACG